AAUUUUCCACAUUUUUUCAGUUCUAUUGAGGAAAACACAAAUUAAACAGGCAACAAUGGUCAACAUGGAGGAGAAUAACAUAGCAGAUAUAGAAGAUCUGAUAUCUCCGGAGGAUAUUAAACCUAAUGAGCGAUAUCAAAAUAAAAGCAAUGUUACUGUCAGGGUAAAAAAACGAUUAAACAAUAAAGUUGAAGAUGUUAAACCCGAAAAAGUUUUUCAUGAAAGCGUUAUUCCUGGCACUCAGAAAGUGUAUGUUAAGACCUGGGGCUGUGCCCAUAACAAUUCAGACAGUGAAUAUAUGGCUGGGCAGUUGGCUGCAUAUGGCUACCAGUUGACGGAGAGUAAAGAAAAUGCUGACUUGUGGUUAUUGAACAGCUGCACAGUAAAGAACCCAUCCGAAGAUACGUUUCGCAAUGAAAUUGAGCAUGGUAUGAGUAAUGGAAAACACGUGGUUGUAGCAGGAUGUGUACCUCAGGGUGCUCCAAAAGCCGACUACUUAAAAGGAAUGUCCGUCAUUGGGGUACAACAAAUUGAUCGCGUUGUGGAGGUCGUUGAAGAAACGUUGAAGGGACACAGCGUACGGUUGCUGCAAAACAAGAAAGAAGAUGGACGCCGAGUGGCCGGAGCUAAAUUGGCCUUACCGAAAGUUAGAAAAAAUCCGUUGAUUGAAAUAAUACCUAUCAACACUGGAUGUCUAAACCAGUGUACAUAUUGCAAAACAAAGCAUGCUAGAGGUGAUCUGGCCAGUUACAGUCCCGAAGAGAUCGUGGAAAGAGCUAAGCAGGCGUUUGAAGAAGGUUGUUGUGAAAUCUGGCUCACGUCAGAGGAUACUGGUGCGUAUGGAAGAGACAUUGGAUCGUCUUUGCCUGAAUUACUUUGGAAACUUGUUGAGGUAAUACCGAAAAACUGUAUGCUUCGGGUGGGGAUGACAAAUCCUCCUUAUAUUCUAGAACACUUGGAGGAAAUAGCGAAAGUGCUUCAACACCCAAGGGUAUACUCUUUUCUGCAUGUACCUGUUCAGAGUGGUAGUGAUUCCGUAUUAGGCGAUAUGAAGCGCGAGUAUUGCCGCAAAGAUUUUGUACAUGUUGUGGAAUUUUUACGGGAAAAAGUACCAGCGCUCACAAUAGCAACAGAUAUUAUUUGCGGAUUUCCAACCGAGACAGAAGCCGAUUUUGAAGAGACAAUUACUCUCUGCGAAAAGUAUAAAUUCCCCAGUUUGUUUAUUAAUCAAUACUUCCCACGUCCAGGAACACCUGCGGCGAAAAUGACAAGAAUACCAGCCCAUUUGGUUAAGAAACGUACAAAACGCUUAACAGAUCUCUUCAACAGCUAUCAUCCUUAUGCUGGUCGCGAAGGUCAAGUUUACAACGUUUUAGUUACAGAAGUAUCUCACGACAAACUUCAUUAUGUGGCACACAACAAGAGUUAUGAACAGAUUUUAUUGCCCAUGCGUCAGAAUCUUCUGGGUACUUCGGUUAGGGUGCGCAUUACCUCCACCACAAAAUUUAGUAUGAAUGCUGAAAUUCUUGAUUCGGAAGAUGAAUGGACAAGGUGUACACAAUCUACUACUACAAUUUUACCCAAAAAUAAACAGAGUUCUCAAAUAUUGGAUGCUAUAUUACAAAAAUAUCUUGGAUUAUCCAUAAUUUUAGGUAUUGUUGCCUUUGUUUCUCAAUGGCUUUGGAGACAUUCUUAGUCGAUAAAUAAAGAGUAAAUCUGAACGAAAAA